UGUGUAACCUUUAAAGACGUCUUGCAUGAUUGUUCCAGACCGAGAAGGCAUUCCAGAAGCAGCCCACAGUCUUCCUUAACUCCAAGGCUACAAAGGAGAAAGGCAACAAGGCAAAGCGUUAUGUGCGCAAUGUCGGCUUGGGCUUCAAGACUCCCCGUGAGGCUAGUGAGGGAACAUACAUUGACAAGAAGUGUCCCUUCACUGGAAAUGUAUCAAUCCGUGGACGCAUCCUCACUGGAGUAGUUCAGAAGAUGAAGAUGCACAGAACGAUUACCAUCCGUAGAGACUACUUGCACUAUGUAAAGAAGUACAAUAGAUUUGAGAAGAGACACAGAAACAUGUCUGUUCAUUUGUCUCCGUGCUUCAGGGAUGUGAGACCAGGUGAUAUUGUUACAGUAGGAGAAUGCAGAUCAUUGGCCAAGACUGUUCGUUUUAAUGUCUUGAAAGUAACUAAGGCCCCAGGAACUAAGAAGAUGUUCCAGAAGUUCUGAGUAAAAUGCUGGAAGUCUUA